AUGAUGCGGAUUCACCUACAGCCUCGCGGUAGACCUCAAGGUGAGCGACCCCCAGGUAAGCUGAAUAUUGCAUUGUUGUGCUUGCCCGCUCACCAUCUCCAUUUCAGCAGCGAGCUGCCCCAACAGCUAGCCAACAUUCCAGUCGCUGUCGCCGCUGUUGACGAGAACGCCUCCAUGGAAAACCGAUGGUUUCAGCUGCGGGACACAAUCCAGUCGACGACGCUGAUCGUCUUCGGUCUCGCACGCAGCCAACACCAGUACUGGUUCGACGACGAUGACGCCGCCAUCAUCAAUCUGCUCCCAAAGAAGAACGGCCUGCACAAAGCAUACGUAACCAGCCCCACCAAAGACAUCAAAGUAGCCAUCUACCGUAGUCGCCAUCUCGUGCAACAGCGGCUGCGGGAGAUGGAGGACGUUUGGACGGCUCGCAAUGCCAAGGAAACGCACGGUUUCGUGGGCUAA